UCCAACGCCUUAAAUCUCAACAAUCUUUGGCCAAAUUAACAAACCCUACUGUCUCUUCUCUCUCUUUAGUUUACUGAUUGGAAUGAAGCACUUCAUGCAGCCAAGAAACACAAUCUUGAGGGAAGUGAGUCACCAUCUCCAAACCCUAAUUCAAAAUUAAAGUCAUUGCGGAAGCAAAAAUCAUCCAAAGAAAACGCUCCGCCAUCAGAUCCGAACUCACUUCUUCCACCUUCUCCGGCAUCUUCCAAGAUUAAGAGUCCGCUGCCCUCACGCCCGCCCAAUCCACUCAAGCGCAAACUCGCCAUUGAUACACUUCCCGAGAACGUAAUGGUUGGGGUCCCCGACUCGGGUGUUCAAGUGAUAGUCCGAAUGCGACUUGUAAAUAAGGAACAGAAAGAAGGGGAGAUGAUAGUACAGAAUGUUGGCAAUGAUACUUUGGAAAUCAAUGGACAGACAUUCACAUUUGAUUCAGUUGCUGAAAUUGAUUCGACACAGUUGGAUGUUUUCCAGCUUGUUGGACUCCCUCUUUUUGAAAAUUGUUUAGCUGGAUUUAACAGUUCAGUGUUUGCCUAUGGACAGGGAGUGGAAAGACUUAUAUACCAUGUGGGGACUAGCUAACGCCUUGUUGGAAGAAAACUUAUCAAGUGAUCAAGAAGGCUUAACUCCCCGUAUUUUUGAGCGACUAUUUUCCCGCAUAAAGGAGGUGAGGUUCAAGUUUUUCAGGAUUCAACUUGUCGAGGUAUUAAUCCUUUGCAUUUUCAUGAUAUUAACCCCUUGUUAUUUCUUUGUAGAAACAAAUCAAGCAUGUUGAAAAGCAGCUAAAUUUAAUGGCACUAUUAAAAAUAAAAAAUUACAUGCACACUUUUAAAGAUCUCUCUAACUUGAGAUCUCUAAAAGUGUGCAUGUAAAUUAAAUGGUGUCAUUAUAAUUUAAUGAAGCCCUCACUAUUCGAACUGAGUCGAAUUAUUAUCAACUAAGAACUUAAUGAAGCCCUCACUAUUCGAACUGAGUGGAAGCAAUUCAGAGGGCAUCAUUCUGUAACUGUAUCCUAUGAUUACAUGAUCUGAGUCUGAUUACAGACCCCAAGAAAACGAGUUUCUCAUUAACAAAAAGGUUAAGUCGAACUUCAAAAGCAUUGCUGCUCCACCGUUGUGUGUGUGGAGAUGAUAAGAUGGCUCACACAGUGAAACCAAUUAAGGCAACCUGGUGGAAGCUUUAUAAAAUUUUCACUACUUAUAAAGUUGAACCAGUCUGAAAUUCCUCUUAAUUCAUUUAUUUUCCUUCAUCUAACAAAUUUUUCAAAACCUAAUUCCUAAUGAGGGGUAGAAAUUGGAAAUCAAUCUGAUGAAACUACGGUAAUGAAGGUGUAUGGGAGGAGAGGUAAGGGAGUUGGCAGCAGAUUAAAAAAAAAAGGGCGGUGACAGGUGUUGAGGAGUAUUUUUGGGCUGGGACAGAUGGCUUAUUGUGGUUGGUCAGGAGGGAAAUUCUGCUCGUUUUCAUUUGUGAAGUUUAUUGCGGGAAUAUACAAAAUAUAGUAGUUGUUAUUCUUUGUGUUUGGUUGCUUUUG